CCGGUUUGCCUGCCCCGGUGGAGGCGCCCCUCAGGGAGGCAGAGGCGGGGGCGCGGGGGCCCGGCGCCCCCGGGGGCCCGGCCCGCCUUGCCUUCGGGCUGCGGGGUGGCUCGUAGCCGUGUGCCUGCCGGGAGGCCCCUCAGGAUUCUCCACACCCCGCGCAGCAACCGGGCUUCCCGGCUGGGUCGCCAGACCCAAAAGCAUGUCUGCAGUGUCCGCUCGCCGAAGCUUCGGAAUGCGUACUGCCCACAGCUCGUGUGUUUCUACUAAUACCGCUUUGGUGAUUGGCCUUUUUUUUUUUUUUUUUUUUUUUUUUUUUUUUUUGUGUGUGAAAUCUGGCGCGGCUGUUGUAAUGCAAGUGUAUCGCAGGAGCUGUAGGAACUGCGGGAGAACGCUCCUCUCCGCUGUGCUUUUCUACUUUAACAGCAACCUCGCUGCCGCUGUGCAGUGGUGGUAGUUACACUGCCCAAACCCUGCAGAUACUACAGAAUUCAAGAGGGGAGAACACCUGUAGCUUAUUUAUUGUAUUAUAAAUUACUUCAGUUGAGGUAAAGAAAAGCAUUGGUAGAAAAUAGCCUUGUCAAUAUGCCGGUCGUUUUCUUGCUGUGUCAGCAGCGUGUCCGAAAGAAAAGCCAUGCUCUGUAACCUACGUUUCAAAGGUCACAGUGCUACAGCUCCAGGCUUCUGAAAAUCACAGUUUGAGCCAGCAUCAUGCCUGGUUUGAAGAUCUGGUCUGUUUUGCUGAUUAUACUAUACCAUUUCUGUCAAAGAUGUAUCCUGAGUGGAAUUUCAACACACGUUGAAAUAGCACAUAGAGCUCUGGAAUUUUUCAUUAAGCAUGAAGGGAAUGUUAAUUAUAGACAGUUGUUACUAAACCACCAAGAUGCAUUUCAGGCUGGGAGCAUUUAUCCUGAUGCCUUUUAUCCUUCAAUCUGCAAAAAUGGAAUAUUCCAUGAUGUGUCUGAAGAUACUCACUGGUCACCAUUUCUCAGUGCAAGUAUUCACUACAUCAGAAGGAAUUAUCCUCAGCCUUGGGAAGAGGCUACAGAGAAGCUGGUGGCUUUCCUGUUUGGAAUUGCCUCACAUAUGGUGGCAGAUGUUAGCUGGCAUAGCCUGGGCAUCGACCAAGGAUUUCUGAAGGCCAUGGGAGAAAUUGAUUUUCAUGGUUCAUACUCUGAAGCUCACAGUGUUGGCGAUUUUGGAGGAGAUAUACUGAGUCAGUUUGAGCUGGACUUCAGUUAUCUGGCAUCAAACUGGUAUGUACCUGUCAAAGACCUAGCAGCUAUCUAUAAGGAAUUUUAUGGAAAAGAGAUCAUAACUGAGAGCACAAUUACUGACUGUACUUACCUGCUCUUUCUUGAACUGCAUGGAGAAAGGCUUGCUGUUGCCAAGCUUUUUCCAACUUAUGCUAGUAAAUCUCCAUUUCUGGUGGAGAAGUUCCAUGAGUAUUUCCUUGGAGGGGUCGAUGACAUGGCAUUCUGGACAAACAAUAUUUUUGAGCUGACAAGCCAUAUGCUGGAGAAUGGAACCAGUGGCUGCUUCCUGCCUGAGAACCCUCUGUUUAUAAACUGCACCGAGGAGCACAAGGACAGCUACGUCAGAAACAAACAAUCAAACCACGAACGUCACCAGAAUACAACUUCUUUGCUUACAAAAACACUUGAAAAGAAUAUAAAUUAUACAGAGAGAGGGGUUCACUUCAGCAUACAAUCUUGGGCAACAAAUUCCCUCCGCCUGAUAAACCGUGCUUUUUCAACCAGUGUCUGGAAAGCAUUAGCAGCUACACAUCAGAAAUCUUCUAAGCACAUCUCCAAGCCAGCAGCUUCAUAUUUUCUGACGUCAUCCUAUGCUAGACUUGGAUGGGCGAUGAUCUCAGCUGACCUAAACCGGGAUGGAUAUGAAGAUCUGGUGGCCGGAGCACCGGGGUACAGCACUUUGGGCCAUGUUCAGAUAGGACGGGUCUACGUGGUCUAUGGCAACCAGUCAGGUUUGCCACCAGGGGAUAUGGAUCUAGACCGGAAAGCUGACCAAGUCCUACAGGGUCAUCAGCCUUCAGGAAGGUUUGGUUCUGCCCUGGCAGUCCUGGAUUUCAAUGAGGAUGGAGUCCCAGAUCUGGCAAUUGGAGCACCUUCUGUGGGAUCUCAGUUUCUUACUUACAAAGGUGCUGUGUAUGUCUAUUUUGGCACUGAGGGAAGAGGCUUGGCAUCUCAACCAAACGUUACCAUAACUUGUCAGCAUUCCUACUGUAACCUUGGUUGGUCCCUGCUGGCAGCUGAUGUUGAUGGGGAUGGAAAUGCUGAUCUGGUUGUGGGGUCUCCAUAUGCACCUGGCGGUGGGCAGCAGAGAGGAUUUGUGGUUGCAUUUUUCUCAUAUUUCAACAGGAGUGACCAAGGACUUCUGUCAGUACAGGAUGCCAACUGGAUGGUGAAGGGGGAAGAAAACUAUGCUUGGUUUGGAUUUUCGCUUGACAGCUGCCAGCUGGAGAACGUAACAUUACUGCUGAUUGGUAGCCCCACGUGGAAGAGUUGUGCUGGCUGCAGUCCCUUCUCAUCGGAUAUCAGGCAGAGUGUUGGCAAGGUGUACGGAUAUAACCCACCAGGCACGAAGCACUGGUUUGCAGUCACUGGAGAUAAGGUGAUGGGCAGAAUGGGUUUGUCUCUGGCCAGUGGUGUGAUGUCUGUGGCUGGGACCACAAGGGCAGUUUUGGUGGUGGGUGCACCUACUGCAGACAGCCUGUCUAGGAUUUCAUUUAUCUCCUCAGUGCUGCACCAGGCUGGGCUGGCUCUGGUGUAUGACCUGACAGACAGCACCAAGCCCUCUCUCCUCAGCACAUUCAGCGGGGACAAGAGGUUUUCUCGCUUUGGAGGAGAUGUAUACUUAAGCGACCUGGAUAAUGAUGGACUAGACGAAAUGAUCGUGACAGCCCCGCUGCGAACUCACGACAUCACGGUGCUGUUUGGCGGGGCAGCUGGCCGUGUUUACAUUUACAGUGGGAAGCUGGCUUCCGCAGGGAAUGUGACAGGCCACUGCAAGUCCUGGAUAUCUCCCUGUCCUGAGGACUGGGCACAGUAUGUCCUGAUCUCUCCUGAGGAACUAUCAAGAUUUGGGAGUUCUGUUAUCACUGUGAAGUCUGAAAGCAAGAAAGAAGUUGUAGUGGCAGCAGAGAGAAGUUCAGCAAAAGCUCGACUUGGUGGAAGGCUUUUUGUCUACUCGCUCUAGAAGUUCAUGGUAGCCUCUGAGGCCUGGGCACAACUGGCCUGUUAGUGAAGAAUCCCUGCAGCAGCUGUGAUAACUUCCUUAACACAAACCAACCAACAGACCACAUGACAGCAAGCUUUUGAUAGACGGAUGUCCCAGAUAGCUAGGUAGGGUCCUAGGGGGUGUUAAGGGAGGGAGGGAUGGUCAUGGUUUUUAAGUGAAGAUAAGCAUUCACAGUGGUUUGACUUGCAAACCAACCAAAAAGCUGUGUCAGUCAUGUAAAAGCACAAAUUAAUCCUGUUGUGAGCAGCAGCAUCACUUAACCUAGAAUGAGCAAGCUGAUCUGAAACCUUUCAGAGGCUGAAAGGAGCAGGCGGCUAGAUUUUGGUAGUAGUAUUUGGCUGUACAAGGAAUGUUCAGUGGUCACCUCUACUGGCCAGAUUUGAACAUUUUAUUGACAAAACUAGGGAAGAAUAGCAUGUAUUUUACAAUUCUUUGUAUACUGUGAUACAGAGAGGGAUUCUAAGGUAUCAAAAAGUUGCUGUCAAAAUAAUAAGCACGGAGGAGGGGCAGCUCUAAGCCUGACAAAGGUGGGCGGCACUCAGGACUGCCUCUGUCUCUAGCAAGCCUCAGGGCCUGCACCCUGGGUGUAGACCAGCCGCACUCACCCAGGGACAAAAACACAAACAAGACUGAUGACAUUUUAGGAAAUGCUUUUGCACUCAGGGCUGAGACUACUCUGACACCCUUUCUUUGUAUUUUCAUGUAAAAUUCCAUAACCGUGGUAACUUAGAAUUGUUAACAACUUUUAGUGUUAACAGUGUUGUCUUCAACUAAUUAACACUAAUUUUGUAUGAAACAGAGUGAGCAUCAAUUAUCUAUUAAACACCUUGAGCAGCAA